GUGUGUGCGUGUGUGUGUGGGUGGGGGGGGGGGUGGGCAGAGCGGCCGCGAUGUCCUCCGCCUGCGCCCACGUGUGUCAGUGCAAGAACGGCAGGGUCUGAGCAGCAUCCUGUACAAGCUCCUGAAGAACGACGGCCAGGAGCUCCCGCAAGGACACCUAUCGCCCACUGUCCCUUCGUGCAGCCGCGGGCCGGGGAUGUGCUUGCAGAUCCAGGCGGAGAGUGGUGCUCAAGUGCCCCCACACAUCACCUGCGCUGAAGCCUCCGCCGUGCUGGCCAAAACCCUGACAUUCAUAAAAGAACGUGCCCUGCUUUCCAGGCGUUUACCCAGGGGAGACCAGCUCACCCUGGUGAGAAGAUGCUGGGCGCCCCUCCUCGUCCUGGGACUGGCACAGGACAAAGUCGAUUUCGAAACUGUGGAAACCUCCGAGACGAGUAUUUUACACAAGAUUUUAACCUACGGACCCGCGAACAGCCACAAAGAGAGCGGGGAUCAUCACUCACCUUCGGCGGCCGACAUCCAGACCAUUAAAAGGUUUCUGGUGAAGUGCUGGAGCCUGGACAUCAGCCCCAAAGAGUACGCCUACCUGAAAGGGACCCUCUUGUUUAAUCCAGAGCUUCCAGGACUACACUAUGUCGGGUACAUUCAGAGUCUUCAGCAAGAGGCACAUGAAGCUCUCAAAGAAUAUGUGAAAAGCAUUUAUACAGAAGACCAGAGCCGCUUUUUCAACCUCAUCAUCGCUCUUACCAUGCUCCGAUGCAUUAGUGCAAGUGUCAUUGUUGAACUAUUUUUCAGACCUAUUGGUAAUGUCAAUAUAGAUGACAAGUUGCUUGACGUGCUAUGUGUUGAUAGCAAAGCACAAGCAACUGAGGAAAUCAGUGCAUAGUAAAUGCUGAGUUGCUCAGUUGCAGACCAUAUAAGUUAUUUGUGCUUUUUGCAAAAGGUAUUUUUGUAAAAUAUAUCGUAUAUUGCUAUUCUUGCACUUAAUGUGAUUUGUUAUAAAUAAAUGCAGUAGUUAUGAUAUCAUUGAAAUU